AUGAUUGUUUCUCAAACAAGUCAACUAUCGGAUAAAUCAAUUGCUUCUGUCAAUGCAAGAUCAGAAAAAUCUUCUUCGUCUUAUACGCCAGAUAAUUGUCAAAGAGAAGAUAGUAACGAAGAACAAUCUAAAAAAAUGAAUGUAUUAAAUCCAGAACUGGUGACUGCUCUUGAUCGAACCAACACGAGUAAUCAUGACGCUGCUAUUAUUUUAAAAGCUGCAGCAGAAGCUUUUGAAGUUUCACCAAAAAAGGCUGAUCAAAAAACAACAUUCCUUCGAUUAAUUAUUUCAAAAAAAAUAAUUAGAAAUGCAAGAAAAAUGAUUGAUGGUAAUGAUAUAAGAACUUCUGAUGAUUUAUUUCAAGUACUGCGAAAUUAUUUUGGGGAAAAUAAAUCGUAUGAUGUUUCACUUCUUGAAAGAAGUCAAUGCCAACAAGGCAGAGACAAUGUUACACUAUAUAAUAAAAGAUUUAAUGAAUACCAUGCAAAUGUUAAACGGUCGAUAAAUAAUAAUUGUAAAAUAAGUUCAACGCAACGGCAUAUCAUUUUAGCGAAUGAAGAAGAACAAGGCCUAUCUCAAUAUAUACGAGGUCUUCGUUCAAACAUUAAAAUUUUUGUCAAGUCCGGUAAACCAGAAACAAUUCGUCAAGCUCAAAAUCUAGCUCUCGAAACAGAAAAAAAAGAAGAAAUUUCUCGUGCUUUGUAUCCAAGAAUGAACAACAAUUUCGGGAAAAAUAAUGAAACUGAAAGAUCACAAAACACUUUUAAACAAUACGAAAAACCACAGAAUACUUUUAAACAAUAUGAAAAAUCACAAAUUAACACUGUACCACAACACCGGGGCAGCAGCAAAUGUAAUAAAAAAAAAUGUACUGUCGGAUUACCAGUUAGAACUGUAAACGCCAAAAUUACAGGAAUUAAUGAUAAUCCAAUAAAUUGCGAUCAAGAAUGUAAAAUAACAAUUGAUGAUGUUGAUCACAUCUUUCUUAUCGUACCUGACAAUUUUCCAUUAGAUGAAGAUGGUAUUGCAGGAAGACCAUUUUUAGAAAAAGAAGACGCGAUAAUUCUUACUAAACAAAAAACAAUUAUAUUUAAUAGAAAAAGUAUAAAAAUAUUCAAAAUCAAUCCGACAUAUUCAACAGAAAGAAGUGAUCUAUUGAAAAAGAAUACAAGAUUACAUCACAUUCCAAAUGUAAAAGAUAGAAAUGACAUUUGGGAGAUUAUUGACUCUUUCCAAUAUGUUUAUUAUUUACCAGGUGAUCCACUGCCAUGUACACAAUUGGCAAGUCAUUCAAUUAAUACAACUGACGAAAUACCUAUCAAUGUCAAGCAGUAUAGGUACCCUCCUAUACAAAGAGAAGAAAUUAUUUCUCAAACUAAAGAAAUGUUAGAAAAGGGAAUAAUUCAAGAAUCAUACUCUCCGUAUAACGCACCUUUGUGGGUUGUACCUAAAAAACGUGAUGCUUCAGGCAAACAAAAAUGGCGGAUAGUUGUCGAUUAUCGUCAAUUAAACGAAAAAACACACUCAGAUCCAUUACCGAAUAUCGAAGAAAUUUUAGAUCAUUUAGGUAAUGCCCGAUACUUUUCUGCAUUUGACCUAGCUAGUGGAUUUUAUCAAAUUCCAAUGAAUAGCAAAGACCGUCAUAAAACAGCUUUUAGUACGCCUAAUGGCCAUUACGAAUUUUUGCGCAUGCCUCAAGGGCUAAAAAAUUCUCCAUCGUCCUUUCAACGAUUGAUGGACUCCAUUUUAAAAGAUUUAAUCGGAAAAGGUAUUUGUUUCGUCUAUUUAGACGAUAUUAUCAUUUUUGGAAAAACACUGCUUGAACACAAUCAAAAAAUGCGAAUUUUUCUAGAACGGAUACAAAGUGCUCAAUUAAAAUUGCAACCUGACAAAUGUGAAUAUUUGAAACCAGAAUUACAAUACUUGGGUCAUGUCAUAACAAAAGAUGGCGUCAAACCAAAUCCUGAAAAAUGUAAAAGCGUUAGGGAAUUCCCUACGCCCAAAAAUCAGAAAAAUGUUAAACAAUUCCUAGGUCUGUCUGGCUACUAUAGAAAAUUUAUUCCAGAUUAUAGUAGGAAGGCCAAACCUUUGACUGAACUUUUGCAAAAAAACACCUUGUGGAAUUGGGGAAAUGAACAAGAAAGAGCCUUUUCAAUACUGAAAGAAGAAUUAUGUAAAGAACCUAUUCUGGCAUACCCAGACUUUUCACAAGAAUUCAUACUGACUACAGAUGCUUCAGCUGUUGCAUUAGGUAGGAUACUGUCUCAAAUGAAAGAUGGGAAAGAACACCCAGUUUCAUAUACAAGUCGAACAUUUAAUAAAGCUGAAAGAAAUUAUUCACCUACUGAACGCGAGUUGAAAGCAAUUGUAUGGUGCGUAAAACAUUUCCGACCCUAUUUAUAUGGUCGCAAAUUCAAAAUAAUUACAGAUCAUCGAGCCCUAGUGUGGCUAAUGAAUCUUAAAGAUCCACAUUCUAAAUUAUUUAGAUGGAAGACAGAAAUGGAAGAAUUUGAAUUUAAAAUUAUCUACAAAAAGGGUUGUUUGAAUACAAACGCUGAUGCUUUGUCUCAAAACCCUAUCUUAAUGUAUCAACAUAAUGAUGAAAACGAAUCAACAGAAACAGCAUCAGAAUCUGAAGAAACUUUAGUAAGCAAGAAAAGAAAGAAAAAAGUAUCUGGCCCCUCUUCGAGUAAGAGGAUCCACAUGGAUGAAAUGAAAGAAAAACGUUUACGGAAAUCUAAACGCAAUAGAAAAAAUCUGUUCGGUCCUUCUACGAGUAGAAGAACCCAAUCAGAUUAUGAAUCAGAAGUUGAAUCAGAAGAGGUGAGAGGUUAUCAAAAACCUGAAACACUUCAAUCAACAAAUGUUCCUUCAAAUCAAGAAGAAGAAGCAGAACAAGAACAAGAACAAGAAGAACAAGAACAACAAGAACAAGAAGAACAAGAACGAGAAGAACAAGAAAUAAAUUUGACAGUAGGAGUAUCUAAAAUAGGGAAGAAUUUAAAUCUGACACAUUUACCUAUACCCGAGGGCAGCGUAGAUGUAUCAUUUAUUAAAGAAAAUGAACCCAAUUAUUUUGAGGUUCAUCAUGAAGAAGAAACGAACGAAUACCACGUUAUUAUCGGAGUGAAUACAGGUACAAAUAAAGAAGAGUUAGAGCAUCUACUCACUGAAUUAUUAUACCUUACUAUUGGAGAAGAAUUUAAUGAAAUCCAUGUCGAUCACGAAAACUGUGCCAGACUAUCUGGUUUAUCAAAAAAAUCUAUAGAAAGUCUAUGGAAAAACUUAUUUAAAAAUGGAAAUGCUGUCGUGUAUUUACACGAUAAAGAAAGAAUUAUACCUGAAAAAGAAGAUAUUCAAAAUAUAUUAAAAGAAAUCCAUGAUAGUCCUAUUGGAGGUCAUGGAGGCAUUAAGAAAACAUACUAUAGAAUUUCUGAAAAUUAUUUUUGGAAAACUCUACGUAAAGAUGUAGAUAAUUAUGUUAAAAACUGUAUCAUUUGUCAAAGAAAUAAGGUCAACCGACAUCCUACUAAAAUGCCUAUGAUUAUAACUGAUAUUCCGAAAAAUUUCAAUGAUAAAAUUGCAAUGGAUAUUUGUGGGCCGUUUCCUCUAACAAAUCAAGGUUACAAAUAUGUCCUUACAAUACAAGAUUGUUUAACUAAAUAUUUUUUCAGUAUUCCAAUGAAAAACUUUACAGCAUCUACUGUCAUAGACAACUUUUUAAAUUAUUAUGUGAGUUACUUCGGAGUACCUCGUAACAUAUUAACUGACAGAGGAACGAACUUUACUAGUGAUCUAAUGAAAAACUUUCAAAAAUCACUUGGUAUCAAACAUAUAACAACAACAAGCUUUCAUCCUCAAAGCAAUGGCAGUUUAGAAAGAAGUCAUCAAGUUUUGAAAGAUUAUUUACGUCAUUUUUCAAAUGAAAAUGCAGAUGAUUGGGACACGAAAAUUCAUCUAGCCAAUCUGUAUUACAACACAUCAAAACAUGAAAGCACAGGAUUCACUCCAGCUGAGCUUGUUUUUGGGAUCAACCCAAAAAAUGUUUCUACAAUAAAAACUUCAAAUAUUACAUAUUCAGAGUACAUGAAUGAACUACAAACGAAGAUUGAUAAAACGUUAAUAGAAAGCAAAAUAAUUAUGCGUGAAAGUAAAGAAAGAGCUAAAGAACGAUAUGAUAGAAUGACGAAUCCACAUGAAUUUCGUGCUGGAGAUUUUGUUUGGCUACGUACAGGAUGUGUUUCAAAAAUCCAUAUUUUAAUUAUAGUAGUAUAAACAUCCAUACAAUAGAAACACCUGAUCUAAAAAUUGGAGACUUCACUAACUAUGGUACAAAAUUAAAUGAUAUCACUAAACAAGUAAUAGAAAUAGGAAAAAACGAACGAUCAAAAACAUGGUAUGAAAUAAUAAUUAAUCGUAUUCUCAUUGGUCUAUACAUCUUAGGAGGUUUGGUUAUUUUAUACUUAAUCAAUAAAUUAAAAAUAUACACCAUUUUUAAAUGCCUAAUCGUUGGGGCAUGUAAUCCCUUGUAUCAACAACUAAGAAUUCUAAAUCAUAAUCACUCUACUAAUAAAAUUCAAAGAGACAAUGUACCAUCUACUUCAAUUGAACAAAAUCUAAAUUCUAUACCAAUGUUUCAAAAGAAAUUAAAAUCAAAAAAAUUAAAAAGAAAACCAAUACAUCAAUCAAGUUUGCAAUUGUCAGAAUUCGAUACUACAUUAUAAAUUAAUAAAAUAAAAUCCUAGAAAUUUGUAAAGGAUUUUAUUUUUUUUUAUAAGGGAGGAGAUGUUAUGCAUCUCACAUACUUAUUUUAUACUUUUAUAUUAAUUAUAAUAUUCAGCAUUUUAUUAUUUUAAUUCAGAGAAAUGACCGUCGCACUGAUACCUAAUGUAGUGCUCAGAGCGCGGAUGAAUCUAAAACUUGAACUGACGCUCAGCAUUGUCCGGUGCAGGUAGUCAGUCGGAAGGUUGUCGCUAUAUGUAACACAUUAUCUUUGAAUAAACUUUAAUAUUAAUAAUCUACUUGAGCAUUUUAUUUGAGUUAUUGAAUAAG